AUGUUUCAGAUAAGAAAAAUGAGUUCAGAAGAAGUUUUGAAACUGGUGACUUGUACAGCUCCAGUGAACAUUGCUGUGAUUAAGUAUUGGGGGAAAAGAAAUGAAACUCUGAUUCUCCCGGUUAAUGAUUCAAUUAGUGUAACUCUGAGUUCGAAUCAAAUGAACGCAAAGACGACCGUUACGGCUUCUCCAAGCUUUACCGAGGACAAAAUCUGGUUAAAUCGUGAACUCCAGAUCAAGUCUGGUCGACUUUCUCUGUGCCUUGAGGAAGUUAGAGCAAAUGCACGUAUGAUUGCAAACCCCCCUGUGAAUCCUGAGUGGAAGGUUCAUGUUUGCUCUGAGAACAAUUUUCCUACAGCUGCAGGAUUAGCAAGUUCUGCUGCUGGAUAUGCCUGCUUGGUUACUGCACUCUGCAAGCUUUACAAUAUUACUGGAGAUACCUCUGUCCUUGCAAGGCGUGGAUCCGGGUCGGCAUGCAGAUCUGUUUAUGGUGGAUUUGUUCAUUGGCAAAUGGGAGUUAGGGAGGAUGGAAGGGAUAGUAUUGCAGUACAGCUUGCUCCAUCUUCUCACUGGCCGGAGCUUAGAGUUCUUAUCUGCGUUGCAAGCGACUCUCGUAAAAAAACCAGCAGUUCUGUUGGGAUGAAGAAUAGUGUCGAGACAAGUCCUCUUCUCAAAUUUCGAGCAGAACAUUGUGUCCCCAAGCGUACACGGGAGAUGAUUCAGGCUAUACAGGACAAGAACUUUCCGGUGUUUGCCGAAUUGACAAUGAAGGACAGUAAUCAGUUUCAUGCAGUGUGUCAGGACACCUACCCACCUUGCGUUUACCUGAACCAAGCCUCUCAUGCAGUUAGUUCUCUUGUUCAUCAGAUCAAUUCAAGUUCACACAAUCUUGUAGCUGCCUACACAUUUGAUGCUGGUCCUAACGCCUGCAUUUUUCUCUUAGAGAAGGAUGUGCCUCAUUUCUUGGCUUUAUUUCGGUAUUACUUUUCCGAUGGAGCUUCAGAAUUUAUUCGAGGGGAAACUGCUGUGGAAUCAAAGCUAGAGGACUCAGAAAUUGCCUCCCUUUCAAUGGAUAAAAUCCCCGGUGGAUUAAAGUAUGUGCUUGUUACAAAAGUAGGAGAUGGUCCCGAACUGCUAGGCGAGGAUGAUCAUUUGAUGGAUCAGAAUGGCGAGCCUCUCUUUUGCAGUAAAUAGACAGAACCCGGAACAGAUCCUCCUUAGGCUUUCAAGUACGCUACCCAAACAUUCCAGGACAUAGAUUAUUUAAUCUUUUUUAGAAAUUAAAAAUUUGUCUUAUUUGGUUUUAUCCUAGUUAAUCGUUUUUGAUGAUGUUUUUAUACAUUUUUAUAAUCCAUGAAUACUUUAGUAAUUCGCAGUUUCCUGAUAUAGGUUUUGGUGCA